AGGCGCGACUUCCGUUGCAGGUUUUGAAUGCUGCAGAUGCACAGUGCAACAAUACAAACUAAACACAAGCAAACUGAAUGCAUACGUUUAACUCAAAUGUCUUCGUUUUUUAAUUUAUAUAUAUUUUCUUCAGCUAUAUAGGUUGAGUUGUGCGUUAUGCAAAAUGAAUAACGCUUUAGUGGAAGAGGUGGCUGCUUCUUUAGUAAGGGAAUAUCUCAGUCGAAAGGGUUUAAAAAAGACCAUUGCAAUCAUGGAUCAAGAACUGCCUCGCACAAAUUCAAGUGUUAACAACAGAAAUGAUCUAAGAAGAGUUUUGAACUUGGAACCCCUUUACAAAAAGAAUAAGGCCCAGGAAAUUCCACUGAAAGCAAUGAUAGAGAUUAUAGUAAAACACUGUAUGGAAAACCAGAAUAUGACUAACACCAGAACAGAAGAUUGUUUAUUUCAGAAAAACACAGUGCCUACAUCUAGGUCUUCAGUAAUGUCUUCAGUUAGUGUUUGUGACGUAUCUGAUGAGGAGAAAGGUGGGAGUACCGCAGUAUCAAACCAAAGUAAAACUGAUGUUUACAGAUCUUCUGAUGAUAUUGCUUGCACAUCUUACAAGCUGCUUUCAUACAAAACUUCUCAAAGUAUCAGUAAAAUAUCAACAACGUGUGUAGGAAGCAACGCUUCAUCUUCAGAAGGGGAGAGAGGUAGUCAACAAAGGUCUUUUUCUUAUGCAAAGGACAGCAAUAGUUUAAAAGUGGAUGUGCUGUCUACAGAGAUUAAAAAUGCAUUUACAGAGCUCCAAAAACCCAGGUCAAGUCGCAUAGUACGUGGCAUGAUGGCUGGACCAAUUGCUAGUUCACAAGAGGAGUCUAACAAAAAGCGGUUUUUGAGAAGGUCUUCAGGAUCAAAUGUUGUGCUUCCACUGAAAGAUGAGGAGCUGAAGAAUAAUUCCACUACAAAUCCAGUACCUAGUAAUUUGGCUACUCUAAAACUUUCUCAAUCCAAAAGCAUAUCUUCUGUCCCAGAGCACCCCUCUACUAAUGAGCUCUUUGAAAGUGACCUGAACAGGAUGCAGAGUGUCCAAGAAAAUACAAAGCUUACUAACCUUCUGACUCAACACAUGGAGAAAAAAGACACACCUGCAAUUACAAGUGUCCAAAUGAGGCAAAAAGAGAGAGGACAGAGUGCAACACCAAAUCGAGAAAUAUCACAGGCUGAUAAAAAAAAAUCUACCUCAAGUCCCAAAGCGGAUGUUCUUCAAAUGAAGUUAAUGAAACUAGAUGAUAUCAAAGAUGAGGAGGAGUUUUGUGAACUUAGCAGAGUACCAGUUUUUUCCAGAGCGUCCAGGCUCAAUGUAGAUGCACAUCCCAUUGACCUUAACCUUGCAGUAGACCUCAAAAACAUUCUCUUUGGCUCAAGUUUCGCCUGCUUUAAUGAUGAGUGGAAGAUUCAGAGUUUCUCCUUUAAUGAUUUACCAGAUUUAAGAUAUGGCAUUGUGCAGAAGAAGGGUGGCCCUUGUGGAGUACUGGCUUCUGUCCAAGCCUGUGUGUUGCAAAAACUCCUUUUUGAAGAGACUAGCAGCAGCAAUGGAUCUAUACGACUGCAGCCUUCAAAGUCUAAUAGAAGCAAAAAACUUGCAGUGGCACUAGCCAACAUUGUAUGGCGUGCAGGAGACAGAAAAAAGGCUGUUGUUGCACUAUCCUCUGGAAGAAAACAAUUUAUUCCAGCAGGAAGAUAUAAAUCAGAUGGAAUUCUUGAAACGAUAAUACUUAACACAGUGAGUACUCAAGAAGACUUAACAUUGUUUUUGGAGCAGAAUAUUCACCAGUUUGAGUUGGGCCCCUACGGGUGUAUUUUACUCACUCUGUCUGCUAUUCUGUCAAGAACUACAGACCUGGUCAUAAAAGAUUUUGAUGUGCCUACAAAUUCACUCAUUGGGGCUCAUGGAUACUGCACACAGGAACUUGUAAACCUUCUGCUUACUGGGAAAGCGGUGUCAAAUGUGUUUAAUGAUGUAAUAGAAUUAGAUUCUGGGAAUGGAAAUAGCACUGUCUUAAAUGGAAUUACAGGAAGAAGUGAUAUUGGAUUACUUUCACUGUUUGAACAUUAUAAUCUAUGCAAGGUUGGCUCAUAUCUGAAGACUCCCAAGUACCCAAUCUGGGUGAUCUGCAGUGAAAGCCACUUCAGUGUGCUCUUCUGUGUGCGAAAGGAAUUAAUGAAUGACUGGAGGAUGGAGAGACGGUUUGACCUGUAUUACUAUGAUGGACUAGCUAAUCAGCAGGAGGAAAUUCGACUGACUGUUGAUACUUCACAAUGCUGCGUUCCUGAUGCAGAAAAUGACCUAAUUCCUCCUAUUGAACACUGUAUUAGGACCAAAUGGAAAGGUGCCAUGGUUAAUUGGAAUGGUGCGGAGCCAUUGCUUUGAUCUGCUUGUGCACCCCAAACAACUCUUUGUAGUACAGUGAAGUUACAAUUUGCAUAAGAUACUAAAGGUACAGCAUGUGUAGAUGAAAUGUAUUUUUGUGGAAGUUAAACCACUAUACUUGUCAGUCAUAUUGUCAGUGGUGUUGGACAUGAAUUAUUUGGCAUUGAUGUAUAAGGGUAAAUAUGUAAGUAGAAAAAAAAAUGAUAAGCAAGAUGUGGAAGUUGUGAAAGAUAUAGCCGAGAAAUAUAUAUAUUGUGUGUGUGUGUGUGUGUAUAUAUAUAUAUAUAUAUAUAUAUAUAUAUAUAUAUAUAUAUAUAUAUAUAUAUUCAUAAGUGAGGCCUUAACACUGGAAAUCACUGUAUUAACUGAAUAUGAUAUGAAAGGUCUUCUCAAAAAUAAAAAUUGUAACAGUUGUAUUUGUCUACUUUUUCAGUAUUUAUUUUAUUUAACAUUCUUUAGCUAAGACAAAGCCCUAAUGAAAUGGAUUCAUCAGGUUUCCAUGGGUGUCUUGGAUGCCUGUUGUUCAGUGGGGUUUGUUUUUAGUACCUUUUUGAUGGACCACUAGGCUAUGUCCACACUACAUAACCAAUCUCGAGAACCGUAAUCAAAUGUUCAAGUUAAUCUAGCUCAAAGCGGCCACACUGAAGUACCGUUUCAUGUUCAGUCUGGCUUAAUGUGUACAAACACUAUUAAAGUAGUUUGGUUUCAAGGGGGCUUUCGAGUGGCGCAUCCAGUAAAAGCGUAGAGUGCAGGAUGCGCCCUAUAGUCUGGACAUCGUCGGUUCGAGUCCAGGCUAUUUCUUUGCCGACCGAGGACGGGAACUCCCAGGGGGCGGCGCACAAUCGGCUGAGCGCCGCGCAGUGGGAGGGAGGACUAGGUCGGCCAGGGUGUUCUCGGCUCACCGUGCACCAGCGACUCCUGUAGUCUGGCCAGGCGCCUGUGGGCUUGCCUGUAAGCUGCCCAGAACUAGAGUGCCCUCUCUAGAGUGCCUUGAUUUCAGCAUCUGAUCAUGUUGCUCUAUGAUCUACCAUUUUACAGCACAAGCCGCAAAAAUGAUAUACCGUGAAGCUGUAUUGAUAGUCAUUCUAAACUCCUUCAGGCGCCUGCAUUUGCAGCGUCCAAGUGCCAAACAUAUCAGACAGCAUUUUGGGAUAUUAAAGGAAGCACAGAAAAUGUUGUUCGGUAUUACACCGUCCAAACUUAUGACAAACCACAGUAUCUGAUGCAAUCUAAUUUAGAACCAGACUCGAGACUACCUCCCGAGGCGGUCUGAGUCUGGUUCUCGAGUACGGUAUGAAACGCUCUGUAUUUAGCACUUUUAAGCUGGUUUAAAACCAACUAACACAGUUUAAAUGCAUAGUGUGGACGGGGCCUAGGUGUCUGAUAAUUUAAUCACCGUAUUUGGUCCAGUAAAAAGGUUUCAAGUUACUAUAUUGGCUAUAUUGAAGGUGUUAACUUGUGGUUUGGUUCUUUCAUGAUCUCUUAUACAUGUACCUUGCAUCUUCUUAUUCAACUUUGGCUCAAGAUUUUUACAGAAAUAUUUGCAAGAAUGGUUCAUGUAUGGUGAAAAUCAGCUUGUUUUUUUUGUUUUCUCAACAAAAGAAACCCAAAAAAGCAUACAUUUGAGUCAGUGAUUCGAAAUUACACAUUUCUUUUUGUUACUCCUGCUAAAAUAAUGGAAAACGAUGGUAUACCUUAAAAAUGCUUGCCAUUUGUGUAAUGAAAGGGUCACAAUCAUCAGGAUAUACCAUUAAUGGUGGGGGAGAACACCACCACCUUCUUCUUCUUAUACAUAAUAAUAUUGUUGAUAGUUGUUGUUGUAGUCCAGUAAGUUCCUUUCACGGCAAGUUUACCGUGUCAUCGUAGUUGAAAGUAAGUUGAUUGUUCUUUUUAUUAAACUUAUUCCUUUCAAACAGUAUCAGAAAAUGUAUAUUGAAAAACAUAUUUCCCCAUCAUUGAAAAAGUGAGGGGGACAUGUUCCCCGUGUAAAUUAUAUCUAUGUAUCUAAUAAACUUGAUUU